GGGAGAACAGGAAGUUCCGGCAAGGCGCGCACCAUUCUUCAGUAUAAAGAAAGCGCUAGAACGAUGCGGUCUAGAAGAUAAUCUUCGUGUCCGUUUCUGUGUAUUACUACAGGCUGACUCAGAUUAAGUCUGAGGCCGGUAACAUCAACAGUGAGGACAAACCCAGCCUGCCUCUCUCCUUCCACACUGAGUCCAAACCUACAGUCAUUGGGUCCUGAUUGUGACAGAGGAGCCCAGUUUGCACUGCAGGAUCCAGAGAUGGCAUCAGUGAAGCUGGAAGACUGCAGUCAAACACUGGAGCUGAAUGUCAACAUUAAAGAUGAAGAAGAGGAGGAGAAGAUUGGGACAUCUGUUAGUCAUGUGAGUCCAAACCUACAGUCACUGGGUCCUGAAUGUGACAGUGGAGCCCAGUUUGCACUGCAGGAUCCAGAGAUGGCAUCAGUGAAGCUGGAAGACUGCAGUCAAACACUGGAGCUGAAUGUCAACAUUAAAGAUGAAGAAGAGGAGGAGAAGAUUGGGACAUCUGUUUCUCAUGGAGAUCAUGUUGAGACAUUCUCUACAUCCAGAGAGCAACAGCAGGAAGAUCACAGAGCUAACAGGUCUCACCACUGCCCACAUUGUGAGGAGAUUUUCCCAAUUCUAUCAAAGCUAAAAAUACACCUAAAAAUACAUAAGGGAGAGAAUCUGUAUUUCUGCACUGACUGUGGGAAGAAUUUCACCACAUCAAGGGCUAUGAUAGUUCAUCAGAGAGUACACACUGGAGAGAAGCCUUACUCCUGCUCUGACUGUAGGAAGAGUUUCUCUCAAUCGAGCCACCUAAAACAACAUGAACGUAUACAUACAGGAGAGAAGCCUUACUCCUGCUCUGUCUGUGGAAAUAGUUUCUCUGGACGUGGACAUCUAAAACAACAUGAACGUAUACACACAGGAGAGAAGCCUUACUCCUGCUCUGACUGUUGGAAGAGUUUCUCUCACUCGAGCCACCUAAAACAACAUGAACGUAUACACACAGGAGAGAAGCCUUACUCCUGCUCUGACUGUGGAAAAUGCUUCACACAAUCGUCUCAGCUAAAAGUUCACCAGAGAACACACACAGGAGAGAAGCCUUACUCCUGCUCUGACUGUGGGAAUAAGUUCUCUCACCUGGGCCACUUUAAAACACAUGAACGUAUACACACAGGAGAGAAGCCUUACUCCUGCUCUGACUGUGGAAAAUGCUUCACAACAUCAACUGAGCUAAAAGUUCACCAGAGAACACACACAGGAGAGAAGCCUUACUCCUGCUCUGACUGUGGAAAAUGCUUCACAACAUCAACUGAGCUAAAAGUUCACCAGAGAACACACACAGGAGAGAAGCCUUACUUCUGCUCUGACUGUAGUGCGAGUUUCUCUCAAUCGAGCCACCUGAAACGACAUGAACGUAUACACACAGGAGAGAAGCCUUACUACUGCUCUGACUGUGGAAAAUGUUUUAAAUCAUCAGCUGAGCUAAACGGUCAUCAGAGAACACACACACGAGAGAAGCCUUUCUUCUGCUCUUACUGUGGCAAGAACUUCUCCCGAUUGUCCAAUGUAAAAACACACCAACGGCUACACACUUGAGAGAAGCCUUAUCAGUUCUCUCACACCAGCUAAGAUUUGUCACUCCACUUAAUUCUCAUCUCAUAAAAUAAUUGGCAAUGUUGAAUUGGAUCAAAUGAAGAAAGUGUAGAACACUAUUGUGAUACAAUUGUUUCUCACUGUGAGAGAACAAUGCAGGGGAAAGGGAGCAUCAUAGAAUGUUAGCCUCUCUUUACUGAUGAGUGUACAUCUGGUCAGUUUUGCUGUGUUUUUUUUUAGCCCGCGUCUAUAGAGACACAUACCAGCUCUAUUGGUAGCACGGGUACUACCAGCAGUACCGCACCUGUCGACUUCACAAGUUGUUCUGCUUUCACGAGCACAUCCAAUGCUAGCAUCAGUUAUUCUACGUUUGUUGUUAGCCCAGCUAGCAUGGACACUGACAGUUGUGAUUCUGAUGCAGCCGAAGAGCUACUGCCCCUUUACCCAGGAAAGCACUGAACAACAGACGGAUGUUGGACCAUCGAAGAGGUGCAAAUAUGGUGAAAACUGCAUUGAUUUGUGGUUCACUUAUAUUGGGAAUAGUGCCUUUCCUCAGCCACAGUGUGUUAUAUCUCACAACUCAAUGAAAAAUCCACUCUUAACCAGUCAUUUAGAAACAAAACAUGCCAAUUUGAAAAAUAAGCCACAGGAGUUUUUUGAGCGAGAGUUGAGACUACUUUCGAGUAGUAAGAUAUGUAUAAAAGCUGCAGAUACCAUUCAUAAGAAGGGGCUAGAAGCGUCUUGGUGAGUCACCAAGUGGCUAGGACAGGCAAGCUCCAUACUAUUGUGGAGGACUUAAUUCUUCCUGCUUCCGUGGAUAUGG